UCAGAACGACAGGCCCAGCCUGUCACUCUCUCACGUGAUCUCGUGUAGGUGAGCAGUCAGCCUGCCCAGGCAGGUACAGGUUCAGGCGAUAUUACCCUUACGUCAUUUUUGCGUCAUUGUUUUGGAACAACGUUUCGUGACGUGUGAAGUUCUAUUUUUGUCCAAAUUUGCUAUUGUUGGACACUGUUUUCGUGACGCCCACAAUUCUGAGUUCUUGAGUCAAGAUCGGGCAGACCACAUGAUGGAUGUAGGAGAUGAUGAGAAGGAUAUAGGCCGGAACAUCAACGUCGCCAAGUCUCCGAGCACUGACGUAGAUGAACGGAAACUGCCGAUUGAGAUGGAUCGGCUCAUGCCGCCAAACCCCGCCGAUGGCACGCCGGGUGAGGCUGACUCUAUGACUGGCGGGUCAGCGUCAUAUGGGAGUACGUUGACUAUCGGCGCUGAUGCCAGUGAGACCAACUUACUAAGGAUCGAUCUGGAGAGGAAGUUCAGCCGGCAUACAGGCGAAGAGAGAGUCACGUGGGACAACAGGGCUCAGUUUGUCCUGUCUUUGAUUGGAUACGCCGUUGGACUUGGCAAUGUUUGGAGAUUCCCGUACCUAACUCAGAAAAAUGGAGGAGGUGCAUUCCUCAUCCCGUACGCCGUGAUGCUGGCUAUAGAGGGAAUUCCCCUGUUUUUCUUGGAACUUGCCAUCGGACAAAGGUUGAGAAAAGGUGCCAUAGGGGCUUGGAACGAGGUGUCACCAUAUCUAGGCGGUCUGGGCAUUUGCUCCGCCAUUGUAUCCUUUUACUUGGCUCUGUACUACAACACUAUAAUGAGUUGGUGUCUUGUCUACCUGUUCCAGAGUUUCCAGAGUCCCCUGCCCUGGGCCGCGUGCCCGCACACAUUUGGGGACAACGACUCUUACGUCAUCGAGCCAGAGUGUGAGAAAAGCAGUCCGCCCAGCUACUUCUGGUACCGCUCCACGCUGAACACGGCACCCACCAUCGAGUCCAUUCCGGAGUUCAACUGGAAGAUCGCCUUAGGACUCCUCAUGGCCUGGGUCAUCGUGUUUCUCUGCAUCCUUAAGGGCAUUCAGACGACAGGGAAGGUGGUGUAUGUGACAGCAACCUUCCCUUAUCUUGUACUGGUGGCGUUUUUCUUCCGUGGCAUCACGCUAGAAGGAUUUGACAGAGGCCUUGAGCAUCUCUUUGUUCCUGAGUGGCACAGACUUCUGGAUCCAGCUGUGUGGUUAGAUGCGGCCACACAAAUCUUCUAUUCCUUCGGACUGGCGUUCGGUUGUCUUAUAGCCCUGGCCUCCUACAACCCUGUGCGUAGUGACUUCCUCAGGGAUACGCUUGUGGUGACGGUCUGCGACUUUCUCACCUCCAUCUUCACAGCCGUCGUUGUCUUCUGUGUGCUUGGUUUUAAAGCUACUAUGCACUACAAAGAUUGUCUGAGCUCGCACGGCCUAGACAACACAACAGACCCUCACACAUUGGAUGUAAACCACACAUGCAACUUUAAGAAAAUCAUUGAAGAGUCGGGAUCUGGUACAGGUCUCGCCUUCAUCGCGUUCACAGAAGCCAUCAACCAGUUUCCCCUAGCCCCGAUCUGGGCAGUGCUGUUUUUCCUCAUGCUAAUGACCCUGGGGCUGGACUCUAUGUUCGGAACACUAGAAGGUGCCAUUACGUCACUCAACGACCUCAUGCUCUUUCCCAGGGCGCGGAAAGAGGUCGUUUGCGGGUCGGUGUGUCUGUUCUGCCUGGUUGUGUCCAUGAGUUUUGCCACAUCCACGGGGCCCUACGUGUUCGCGUUGUUUGACAGCUUCAGCGCCAACAUCCCCUUGCUGGUGGUGGGCUUCAUGGAGUGUGUGGCCAUCUCCUAUGUAUAUGGCCUCAAACAGAUCAGUGAAGACAUAGAGCUGAUGCUGGGCAAGCGUCCGUCCUAUUUCUGGCUCAUCUCCUGGCGUUACGUCAUGCCUCUGGCCGUGCUGGUCAUCUUUGUGUCCAGCCUCAUCGAAAUCUUCUCAGAAGGCAUUGUCUACGAGGCAUGGGAUGCCGACAAGGGUAUCCCAGUGGUGCUGCCGUGGCCCUGGUGGUGUCGCCUGCUCGCAGCCGCCCUUAUUCUCAGCUCCAUCCUGUGGAUACCUGGUGUGGCGUUGGCAAGACGGCUCGGUUACGUCCCCUUAGCAGACGAGACGCCCGCCUUCUUCCCAACAGACGAGCUGAGAGAGGAGCACAGCAUCACGCCACACAAGGACACUCAGUUCGAGAGGGUGGUGCUUGGAUUCAGGGAAUGAACACCGCGGGGAAAUGACAGCGCCGCACAGCAGGAGAGGAGAAACAGAUGGUGCAGGUUGAACAGAAAAUAACUUAUUUGUGAGACAGCGUGGUGGAAUCAGGCUCUCGUCAAUUUUUGGACAUAUAGAGUUAUUUGUAUCAUC